AUGUUGCGUUAUCGUUUCCUGAAACAGAAGCUCCCGUUUUUAUUCGUCAUAGCCUUUCUUUUCCUGUUGAAUCAUUACUUUGUUGGCCAACGGGAGAAUGGAGAAGCCGUAUCGAGCAGGAAAAAGAUCGAUGAGACACAUAAUGAGGUAUUCAGUCGUUAUUUAAAACUUAGUAGGAAUUGAUUUUCAUUGUUCAUUGAAUUCUCAUAAUUUUCAGGAAUUAAAAGACUGCGCUGCUCAAGAACACCAAUGCGUAGCAGAUAACGGGAAGCCGAUGAAAUGCUGGAAAGACGCCACGGACGUCUUUUUUCCUUUUUCUUUCAUCAGGAAGAGGUUCGACGUCACCGGCAAGGCUUCAAGAGGUCUUACUUUUCUUCAAAAGCGUCUUAUAUAUUGAUAAGAGUUAAAAGAAAUACUUUUGGAUUAUAAUCUUCCAAGUACAUAUAGCUUCCUAUUUUCAAUUUCUCUCAAAAUAUUCUCUUCCAACAGCAAAGUGCAUUUACGCAAAUAUCCUCCGUGCAAUGUACGAUAAGUUUUUCCUGAACACAGUGAGAGAAGUAGAUCUUCAAAUAAAUGCUGCGAAAGAACGAGAUGGGUUGCUGAUUUUUACAAUAGUUGCUCUGAGUGAAGAAAAGUUCUAUGAGCGAAAAUAAACAAGAAUAGGAUUCAAUUCAAUUCAAUUCAAUUUAUUCAGUCUUCAGAGUAAGAUUAAGAAAAUCUCUGCUGAAUCAUGGUAUAAUCGAAGAGUUAGUCGUCGGCGCGGGUUACGGUCCACAAUCGUUGUCCAAUACGUCCCGGAGUGACAGCUAGCGUUGGGAAAUAAUGUGCGCCCGCUGGUAGUACCAGCGAAUAAACUGCUUCACCAUGUUGGAACAGUACAACGCCCAGCUUGUCCAGGGCUGACGGGCGUCGGAAUAUUAUCCCAUGAGAGAGCGCAAUCAGACCGACUAGUCGACGGGAUGAAAUGAGAUAAUAAUCUCGGGAUGAAAUGAGAUAAUAAUCUCGGGAUGAAAUGAGAUAAUAUUCUUCUUAUAAUAAUUAUCUUAUUAUUAUUAUUAUAAGAAUAGGAUAAUGGUUCCAAUCAUUUUUUGCACCUCUCAGAACAGUUUUUCACUACGAACAUUGGUCAUUCAAAGAAUAAAUAGAGCAUUGGGAAAUUGUUUCGUUACACACUAAAACGUGUAAAUGAAAUUAUCUACUUUUUUCACUUCCAGAUGAAAAGUCUUUUGAAAUGUUCACGUCAUACUCGAAGAUACGGUUGCCGGAAGGACCCUACGAUCCGAAAGGACCUUUCGGACAUUUCGCGACUUACAGCGUCGAAACACGCGAACGCGUACGUUGUAUCAGUGGAGCCAGCGGUUUUCUUGUUUUUUUUUUCUAUCCUGAUGAUUCAUUCCCCCGUCUAGGAGUACCUAUGUCAACUCAAUGGGAUCCGAAACCUUACUACUACCCCAUUCAAAUCGCUCAAUACGGUCUUCAGCACUACAGCCGAUUGAAAACAGGUUGGAAAACAAGGGAUAUUUUUUUCAAGCAUCGAUCCAGCGAACUUUUCACACUCGGAGGUUGUUCUGGGUAGGAUGAAUCCGGAGUGGAAGGGAGCUGCGGGAAUGGACGAGACUUCGGAGCGCCUUUUCUACAGACAUGAAGAAGUCGGCCCGGUUGUCAACAUCACUGCAGCAGGUUUUUUCCUGUUUCACGAAAUUAAUAUUAUUUUAAAUUCAAUUAGGCGUUCAAGCUUUUAAUCUGCUAUUGGGAACUUGUUUUUAUUUGUAGUUCACUCAUUUUUUCUUUUAUUUUUCUUCUAAUCGCUUCACCUAGUCGAAAAGCGAAAUUCUUGCAAAAAUAUUUUGCCCAAAAUUUCAAAAGUUUCAACAUUUUGUGCGCGAAUAGAGACCAAAGCAGAGUUUCAUGCGUCGAUUUCGAUGCAAAAAAGAUAGUUUGGACUUUUCGACCUCUUGAUAAAAAAAAAAGGAAUUUCUUGCGUUGGCAAUAGUUUGGCGUAAAAAUAUGUGUUUUAGGAUCUCUAUCCAACUCUGGAGCUUACGUUUAUUUGGAUAAGACACCGGAUUUGCACAUAAUAUCGCUGAAAUGGCUUCCCAUAGAGAAUGCUUCCUUCACGAUUCUUGUCAAGGCAAUUUCCUUUUCUUUUUCAAAUUUUUCAUGAUAGGGGCUUUUAGCUGCGGGAAAAUGAUCUUCUAGUUUUGCUUAACUACGUUUUCGGAGAAGACGAUCGCUGUGUUUGGAACGACGACGAGAAAGCUUCAAUAUCCACAGGACAGGUACAUUUCCCGCUUUUCUAUGAAGAUUUCAUAAAACAGUUGAAAGGAAAAUAAAAAUUGUAGAACUAGAAAACGAAAAAAACAUUUUUUCGAAUCCUUUUUCAUUGGUCGUGAUUUUUGUUCAAUUCUGUCGGGUGACCUUCAUAAGUCGAUUUUUUUCGUUAGGAAGAUGUGCAGUAUUACAUAUACUCAACUAUUUUAAUUUUUUGUACCCUUCAUCAAACCAAGCAUGUAUUUUCCAUUUCUCAUCAUUCAAAAUCGAGCCAUAAACAAUGAAAUUGGCGUUCAAUGAACAAUGUUAAAAAUCAUGAAAAUUUUCGAAUUAGUUUUUCGAAUCAAUUGAAGUGGGAACGAAGUAGAAGCCUCGACAAAAGACGAAAAAAAAGGAGUUAUAGAAAAUACGUGGAAAAUAGGUAUCGUUCUCUUUCUGUAUGGGAGCGAUGCGGUCGGAGUGGCAAAAAGUGAGCAGAGACGUUUUGGUCGACGCAGCGCGCGCCUUGUCGUCCGGGGCCACCAAAAAGAAAUCGCAGAAUUGGAUCUUCCAUCCAGGUUUCUUCGUCUUUCGCUUUCUUUUCGAAUUUAUACGAAAAGAAAAACCCACAUUCUAUUUUUUUUUUUAUUUUUUGACGAUUUAAACUUGCGUCAGCAUUCAAUUUUGUUACUUUUUUUUAACGGCCAGAAGAAAUGUGAUCUUUUCCGAUUAGAAAAUUUGAUUUUCUGUAUUAGAGGAAUUUGGAAUUUUUCCAACAUUUUACAAGAUUUUUUUCUACCUGUUUUUUUGGAAUUUUUAUGUCGGGUGCUUUAACACAAUAGAAAUUUUUUUCUUAAAACUAAAAAGCUAAUUUUUUUAGGUGAUCUCUUCACUGUCUCAAUCGGUUUCCGUGGUCGCCUGACUGUGAAGCAGGAGAUCAUCCAGUCCAAUGAACAGCACCUGGACGCCUUUUUGUCGGCGGCAGAGUGGUUCGUUCGGAACCAGGAUGAGCAGGUGAGAAGUCCUUGAGGCGCGCUUGGACUUUCUUACUCAGGGAGGUUGGAGCGUGCCAGUGGAACGCGCGAUUGCAGAAAGAAGACUUGUGCUGGCCCCUGGAUGGCACUCCGCCAUGGCUCAAGGUCCCUUCGAGAUUCCCGAGUGUUUCAUUAUUCAUCGCUAUCUUCAGGACACGGAUUGUCGUUGUUAACGAGAGCUUUCAGCGAGACCAAAGAGGAGAAGUUCUUGACGGCAGCGCUGAAGGCCAUUGAUUUGUUCAACAAGGUCAGGAGCUCAUAGCGAACAUUUUUUUUAUUUGAUUGAAAACUUAAGUGAAUUCCAUUUAAGAUUUUUAGCAGUUUUAUGAAGAAGGUUGAAAUGUGUGGUUUCCGCUCUGAAGCUUCUUUUGUAUUUAGUUUCAUUUUUCAAAGUUUUGUAUGUUUCUAUCCUUUUUGAUUAGUCUGUAUUGUAUCCUUCUUAGAAUGAGGUUCGAGUUAUAUGAAAAAAAACGAAGUUCUUUAAAUUUCACUGUGACUCUUGAUACUUCAUAGGCUAAGUCAAAAAGGAUGGAAAAAGGCUCCAAGGUUAGGGUGAGGAAGGCUCCUUUUUUGCUGCCUUUUAUCAUUAUUCCAUCGGCUCUUUUGCACUGUUUUUGCUGCCAUUCCCUUCCCGCGGUUCCUUGAGUCAUUAUCCCAGAAAAUGCGCUUUGGCAAAUAAUCUUGACUUGUUCCUCCCACUUUUCUUAAUCUUUUGAAGCGAACAAGUCAUAUGCCAGAGAAAAGCUCUUUUCGAACCAAAUAUCUUGAGAGAUGAAAAUUUCAUUUACUUUCAGUCCUCUGAAGAAGGCGGUGUCCAGAACGAGAUAUUCGGCUUCCCUUGGUACGAGGAAUACCCGACUUUGCCAGGCUCUUUUGUCCUCAACGGAUUCCUGUACUCUCUCAUUGGUCUUUACGAUUUCAGUGAAUUGCAACUGAACUCUGACGGUAGAACUUUUUUCAGAGAGAGAGAGAAGGAUUUCACAAGAAAGCGAUUUAGAUAAUGAGAAAUAUUAUGCCAAACUGAACGAAGCCAAAAAGCUGUACGACGUGGGUGUUGCUUCUUUGAAGGCUCUUUUGCCGCUUUUCGACACUGGGAGCGGUUCGAUUUACGACCUGCGGCACGUCGCUUUGGACACCGCUCCAAAUCUGGCCAGGUAAAAUAUUUAUUUGAUUUCGUAAUAUAAGAGACGAGCUUCUUUUGUUAGACAGUUUGAACUUUUCAGUAAAAAACGAUAUUUUUUUAGAUUUCCUGGAAAUUCUUUUAUAAUGUUGAGAUAAAAAAAAUAAAUUUCAAUAAAGCUGCAUUGUACAAAAUUGAAAAAUCCGACCAAAAUGCCAAGGAAAAAAAGGAGAAAGUAGAUUCUAUUUAUUUUAAGCUUCCUUGAUAAGGGAGUUAAAAACUAGAAAAGUUUUUAAGUGCUGUCCUUUUUUUCAAGACUUUCUUGAUCAAAAAGAAAAGAUUGUCUGAGGAGAUCUAAUUUUUAGAUGGGACUAUCAUGGAGUGCAUGUGUAUCUGCUGAAGUGGAUUGCAAACAUCGAAAACGACGCGAAAUUGGAAGAGACUGUGCGUCGUUGGGUCAGCUACGCAUAUGGAAAACGGGCCAAACACAACUGA